CCUAUUAUCGAUGUGACAGCUGCCUUUCCUUGCACAAACACGGAAGCAGUAUGGCGUCAAACAGCAAUAGCUCCGAGAGGCAACGAAUUGCACAGCAAAGAUUAAGGAUAAUUGCAGCGCAUUUACAUAAKCAUGAGGACGGUAACUCGGGAAUUAUCGCAAAAGAAUGCAAAAUUGAUGCGACCGGUUCAACGGAAGAGAAUAAAGGGACMGUGCCGAGAAAGAGGCAGGAGAUUAUGAAGUGGAAUGGUUGGGGGUACAGUGACUCCAAAUUCCUCUUUAACAAGAAGGGUCAAGCAGAGUUUACAGGGAAAAGGUAUAGGCUAAGCGGGAUGACCCUGCCCAGUUUGCAAGACUGGUUUGAAAAUACCUUUGGUGCCAGUGUGAAGCAUAAAAGCCCUGCGACACCCGUCCUGAAUGUCAGCGCUGUGCCGCCGCCCAGACUGAACGAGGCAUUCGUAGAGAACCUGAAGGCCACAGGCAUCCCAUUCUCCAAUGAGGCGGAGGACAGGGUGUUCCGUGCCCACGGUCAUUGCUUACAUGAAAUCUUUGCUCUCAGAGAAGGGAAGACAUUUGAGCGUGUUCCAGACAUGGUGGUGUGGCCAAACUGCCACAACGAUGUGGUGAAAAUUGUGGAGCUGGCAUGCAAGCACAAUGUUUGUUUGAUACCGUACGGCGGAGGGACCAGUGUGACCAGUGCUCUAGAGUGCCCCCCGGAGGAAACGCGCUGCAUCGUCUCUCUGGAUACUUCCCAGAUGAACCGCAUAUUGUGGAUCGACGAGAAGAAUUUAGUCGCCCACGUUGAAGCUGGCAUCAUCGGUCAGGAUUUGGAGAGAUUACUCAAUGAGAAAGGCUACUGUACGGGGCAUGAGCCAGACUCCAUGGAGUUCAGUUCGCUGGGCGGCUGGGUGGCUACUAGAGCAUCAGGCAUGAAGAAGAACGUAUAUGGUAACAUUGAGGACCUGGUGAUCCACUUAAAGGCGGUGACCCCUCGAGGGGUGAUUGAGAAGAGCUGCCAGGGGCCACGCAUGUCCACUGGGCCAGACAUCCACCACUUCAUCCUGGGCUCAGAAGGAACCCUUGGUGUGGUUACCGAGGUAACGAUGAAGAUCCGACCAAUCCCAGAGUACCAGAAGUAUGGCUCGGUGGUCUUCCCUAACUUUGAGGCAGGCGUGGCCUGCUUACGAGAGGUUGCCAAGCAGAGGUGUCCACCGGCUUCCAUCCGGCUCAUGGAUAACAAACAGUUUCAUUUUGGUCAUGCCCUGAAACCUCAAGUGUCGUCCAUUUUCACACAUUUUGUCGAAGGGUUAAAGAAGUUCUACAUCACCAAGUUGAAAGGUUUCGACCCCCACCAGUUGGUGGUUGCCACCCUUCUGUUUGAAGGGGACCGCGAGAGGGUCCUGCAGCAUGAAAAACAAGUUUACGACAUCGCAGCAACAUUUGGGGGCCUGGCAGCUGGAGAGGACAAUGGGCAGAGAGGCUACAUACUGACCUUUGUCAUCGCUUACCUCCGGGACUUGGGGAUGGACUACUGUGUGGUCGCAGAAUCCUUUGAGACAUCGGUGCCUUGGGACAGCCUGUUAAUUUGGUGUAAAAAUGUCAAAGAGAGAAUUAUCAGAGAGUGUAGAGAAAGAGGAGUCCAGUUUCAACCGUUGACCUCAUGCAGAGUGACUCAGACCUAUGACUCUGGCGCAUGUGUUUACUUCUACUUUGCCUUCAACUACAGAGGACUGGCGGAUCCAGUACAUACAUACCAACAAGUGGAGCAUGCUGCCAGAGAGGAGAUCCUAGCCAAUGGAGGAAGCCUCUCGCACCACCAUGGAGUUGGGAAACUUCGGAAGGAGUGGAUGAAGGACAGCAUCUCUAAGGUGGGCGUCGGGAUGCUCAAGUCCGUUAAGGAAUACGUGGACCCGGAAAACAUUUUCGGCAACCGAAACCUCCUCUAAUUUAUUUACAUGACAUUUUAUAACAGCCUCUUGGAAUAAUGGUUACUAAAUAUGACAAGAAGUAUCAAUGUCUUUCACCUUCGGUGUGACUUAGUCAGUUGUGCAGUCAACAUCAGUCAGAUGACUUGCCUUGCAUUACAUUACUGCACUUAACAUGCUGUAACAAUAAUUGUCUAUGAUUCAUUUAGAAGCUCAUUGCAUCAAGUCCUCUAAUGUCCUCAACCAGGAUGAUAUGGUGAAUGAAGCAGUCAGGUCCUCAACCAGGAUGAUAUGAUGAAUGAAGCAGUCAGGUCCUCAUCCAGGAUAAUAUGAUGAAUGAAGCAGUCAGGUCCUCAUCCAGGAUAAUAUGAUGAAUGAAGCAGUCAGGUCCUCAUCCAGGAUGAUAUGGUGAAUGAAGCAGUCAGGUCCUCAUCCAGGAUGAUAUGGUGAAUGAAGCAGUCAGGUCCUCAUCCAGGAUGAUAUGGUGAAUGAAGCAGUCAGGUCCUCGUCCAGGAUGAUAUGGUGAAUGAAGCAGUCAGGUCCUCGUCCAGGAUGAUAUGGUGAAUGAAGCAGUCAGGUCCUCGUCCAGGAUGAUAUGGUGAAUGAAGCCGUGUGUAUCAUACUAACGAUAGUACUGGAAAUGUGUACUGUUGAUCAUUUCAGUCACGUGUACACAACACGCCGUAAGAAUGGCCUUUUCAUAUUGUACAUGAUGCAGGGUCACUUUUUCUGAUCCCAUAUUUUCCUACAAUUUAAUUCUUUCCCAUAAUUCUUUCCAAUUUCAUUAACUAGAUWUUUUUUUUUUUUUGUAGAUGUUUAUUUACCUGUGUUUGGCACUACUUUAGCAGUGAGUUCUAGAUCAAUGCUUUUUCUAAAGCUCUGUGCCUUUCUGAAGAUGUCUGUCUUCACCCUUUCCUACACACACACACACACUGUGGAAGCUUGACUGGUUUGUUUAUGGCGUCCUGUAUCUUCCCUUAUAAUGUGCGUGUCCUUCAUUCUAGAUUUCCUGUUUCCCAGUUGGUCUUUGUUUCUCUACUCAAGCCUUGUAUUACUUAUACUAUUAAUGAUUGCCAAGAGAUGUGUAUUUUGUUGUACCUACCUAGGAGGAUUUAUAUUACGUUGAAGUCGUGUCUCCUUCUGAAAAUGUACCUCAGGGUAAAAAUGUCCCUCAAACCCAAACGUUAAAACGGUUUAGGAAGAAACUAGGAUAUGAUGUGUGUCAACUUUUAUUUGUUUUUUAAAAUGGUUUUAUUUUAUAUUUGACCUUUGCAUGGUAUUUGCCUGUCAUACAGAGUUCCGUUUGUGGACAGAGACAAUGUACUUGGAUCAUACAUGCUUUUAGUGUGAACGUGUUACAGACGACUGAAUCCCAAUACCCAUGUUUGUACCAAAGACUUUCAGCACAACCCUUUCACUACUUUAUACAGGCCAUGCAAACAUCCUGGAUGUAUAGGUCUGUACAUGCCGUAUAGUUAAAUGUAUGGGACGUUAAUACAUGAACCUAUAUCCUGAUGAAACAUGUUUUUUUUUAAAUUCAGAUAUGCAAAUUUCCAAAUAUCAAAAGAUGUGUUCAUAUUUGUUACUUUAAAUGUUACAUGUUCAUGUCAAAGAAAAACAUUUUCGUUAAAUUCAAUUACAAUAUUUUGUCACUACUUAAAACAAUUGCUUGUAGUUAGAGGUUGUAUUUAUCCCUGGUGAACGUCCCAGCGGUGUGGUUUUGUUGGAAAGGAUACAUUUGAGUGAAAGAUAWUUGUACCUUUUGUCACAAUUUACAGAUGAUUAUGCUGAUCAGUUUGGCCUCUUUGCGAGGCAUGUGUCGAUGUUGUGCCCAGUCCUAAACCCAGACAUGGGAUUCUACUGUACGGCGCUAGACUAAGAUACAUGAAAUGUAUUGCUACCGUUUUCCUGUCACUACUGCGUGACUGUGUUCCUCCUGUUCUCAGCCUCGCAGCUUUCCCACAGUGCAUUGUCACCUUCCUGCCCAAGUAUCUCACCUCUCCACCUCCAAUGAAAAUGUUGUCAAAGGAAAUGGUGGAGCCGGAGGCAGCGUUUUAUCUAAUCAGUUUCAUGCUUUUACUUCCUCUGAUGGUUCCCGAAAGAGAACUUAAUGAGAGCUUGAAAUCUGAAUGUUAUGAUGUAAUUUUCAUUUWUUUUUUUUURWAUUCUUUAAAAAGUUAACAUUUUAAGUACAUUUUAUCAAUGAUGUUUGUGCAAUAAAUACAUUGAAAUGAAACAAGCAGUUGUCUGGAUAUUUUUCAGAUAACGGUAGAAUGACGCCAAUCGGUUGACUAGAAAUGCAGUUGAUAGGAAAUGUCUCUUCUUGUCCGUCACGUACAGGUGAAGUAAUAUGCAUAUUCAUAAUAAAGUUCAAAAUACGAGGUAUUUCUUGGUUCAAGUUUUUGUUGUUGGUUGAUUUCAAUACUGUAGUCAAAGCUCCAUACCACAAUGCUCACAGCAAUUAUUGUUGUUUUUCACUCCAAUGAACAAAUCUACAACACAAUUCAUAGCCUAAAUAAAAGUAAAAAAUGGAAGCUAACGCAGCUACGCCAUGGUCAUUUCUGUUCUACAGGGAACCAACUGUGUUCACAGUUUCCCUUCAAUUCAUCAGCAAUAGAACAAUUUGUAAGUUUUUAGUUUUUCCGAAUCGUCAAUCUGUGGCUCUGGAAGGGUCGUUUUGUAGUGUAUGACAUGGUAUUCUGAGGUGCACAAGCAAGGAAAGAGCUGCCGUUACACUAUUUGUGUGACAUUCCCGAUAUACUUUUUCCUCAGCUGAAAUGGCAUCAGCAGUUGAACAUAUAAACAUUCUCUGUUGAAUCAACAUGCACAAUAGUAUAACAUUUGCAUUGCAGUGGUAAUCCUACAGACUAACAACAAGCACGUCGUUGAAAUUCAUCAAAUGUGAAAUGAUCAAAACAAUUUUGUAAAGGCAAAUUUCUGUGUGAUUGAUCCCUUUUUCAAGCAUGUGGUGUAUAAAACAACUCUUCUGGGUCAGUAAGACUUCUAAUGUAACAUGACAUAGCAAGACUUCUAAUGUAGCAUGACAUAGCAAGACUUCUAAUGUAACAUGACAUAGCAAGACUUCU